AUGGUUGAAAAUGUUUUGGCUGUGACGCAAGUAACAGACGCUGUCAUUGAAGAAGAGCGAGACCGUCAAGCCGAAGCUAUGCGUGCUUGUAUGAAACUGCUGGACUCUUCGGUAGAGCAUUAUGAAAACUUGAUACUUCUGCGAGAUGAUCUACGUUUGUGCAAGAAGCGUCAACAUCCGCCUGUCAUCGAAUUAAGUUCCUCGGAAUUA